AUGGCUGCCUCCGGAGAUGGCACGUUUUCCGCGAGUGCUGCAGCUUGGCUGUCACCUGCCCAGCGCAAGCCGCGAAAACGCUUUCGCAUCGAUGAAGAUUUAUGCCUCUUGAAAGAAGUGGUGUGUACUGACCCAUUCAGCAAUCCCGCCGCGUGGGAGGACGUGCUUCGAAACGUCAUGAGAGCGAUAAAUCGCGAGCUGACCAUUCGCGGCAUCAAAGAGCGAGUGGACCUCCUCAUCGGAUAUUUUCGACAGCAGGACACAGUGAACCUGAGGAAGUCCGGCACCGAAGAACAAUAUGGAGAGCGGGAGCAGCUGCUUCAGGACGUAUCGGACCUCAUGAGGGAGGUCGAUUAUGCCCCGAGAACCGUGCCGCGGAAGGCAAACGGCAUGGGACUGUCGAAAAAAAACGGCGUGGGGCCACGACAGCCCACUCAACAACUAGCAUCGUCCAAGGCGCGCAGAGCCCAGGCUCUGCUAAUUAGGGACGCUGCAAUGGCAUCUUUACCCGCUGUCCGGGCCUCAGACGACGGACAGAAAAAUGAUGAGGCAACAGCAACAAAUAUGCUGUUGGCAAUCUAUGAGGAUGAGCUCAGUCAGCAGGCGACAGAACCACAACCAGCCCAGCUGGAGAGGUGCCGGCUGCUGCACCAGGCGUGCCGGCUGCUGCACCAGGAAUCAGAGGCCUCCAGGCCCUUGGACUGCAGCUGCUUCUGA